AUGCCUUGCUCCAUGCAAGUAAACCUUGGAAAGCUACUGUUUCGCUAUCCUAAGGCAAAUUUGCGCGGAAUUGCCGUGUCUCAGCUUGAAAUCUCGACUCCGGAUGGCGUACAAAAAGAAAUACGGCAUUUUGACCGAUCCUGCUUGGAGAGCUCUUGGCUCUCUCGUGGACAGAAUCUAAAACUUGAGCUCAUUGUCUCGAUUGAUGGAGAGUUCCUCCGAGAGACGGAAGUGAAAAAGCUGUGCGAAUUGUUGCUAAGGGCAAAGAUGUGGAGCCAAUUGGGACUUUGGACUGCGGCAGUUUCAGGCACCUCUCAAUCGAGUUCGACCGGAACAAGCAGCUGCGUGGUUCUAGACUUGAAAUAUGUUCGGGACAGUGGCAAUCAACAACAGCCAACCAUUUAUGACAUUUGCUACCGUAUACCGCCGUCGGAUAUUGCCCCACCGAAAGGAAUUGACGCAGCUCGUGUCGACGUAAUCAAACUCAACUUGGCUAUCACUCGACACCAACAAAAGAAGGGGUCGACGAAGAGGAGAAAGACAGACAUUAACAUGCUGGACGACAGUGGAGAGGAUGAGCUACUCUUAACACCACCAGAUGAAACUGUGACUGAGUCGAGCGCUAUGCUUGUUAUAGUCGACGCAGUGUUGAGGAAGUAUAUCUCCAUAUCUACCCGUGUUUCCCUCCUGCCUACGAUAGCGCAUGCAAUGUCGCAAUCGUUAUAUUUACGGGCAAGGUCGCCGACAUUAAGACGUAAAAUGUUAGAUCUGUUCAGCGCCAGCCAAGAUGAGAGUGGGAGAUUAGUCAACAAUGAACUCGAACCAAGCAGAGUAGCGCCCCCUUCGCAAUAUCGCUUCGAGCUGCUGUCAAUGAAACUCUGGACCAUACUGCAAACACAGACUCGAAAAGACAGACGCAUGCCCAAAAUCUGUCCGCUUGGAGUUGACACGAAUGAUUCGGAUAGAGUUGACGACGAAGACUUGUUUGCUUCACAACUAACUGAGAGCCAAACAACUGAUAGCGAGACCUGUGAGAUUGACAUGUACGCAGAAACGUGGCGAGAUGAGGACGACCUAGGCAACAAUGAUCUCGUAUAUGAAAAUGCUUUCGGUUUUGAAAGCGAAGAGCUGAGUUCGACGCCGCGAUUCUCUUUAGACGCUGCCAUGUUAGAAGACGAGGAUGAUGAUGAUGACCUGUUGCUCGAUUUAAUGCUCGACGAAAGAUGUUGUGAUAACUUCUAG